AUGCAGCGCACCGCCCUUGCUUUUCACCGCAAUGCGCACCUUCACAAGCUGCAAGUCGCCGUAACGGCAGUCAAGACGCUGGCAUCCAUCGACGAGGUCGACAGAGCUCUAUUCAAGCUGCCUAAUGGUGAAGAUGGCAGUAAUCACCAUGUGGUCGUGACGGACUCGACUAUCUUCCACCCCCAGGGCGGCGGUCAGCCUUCAGACGUGGGGUCCAUUGAGGCUACAGAGGGCGCCAGGGGUCCUUCUUUCGACGUCCAGAUGGUGCGAACCAGCGCCUCGCCUUCAUCACCAGGCGCCGUGCUGCAUUUUGGCCGCUUCGCCGCGGCGGAUCCGCUGUCCAUUUUUCAGGCGGGCGAUGCCGUCGAGCAGCGCAUCAAUGUUGAGAAGCGGCUUCUGUACUCGCGGUACCACACGGCAGGCCACGUCCUGGGUUCAGCCGUGCGGCACCUGCUCGAGAAGGAGGUGGCCGGAUUCGACGAGACCAAGGCCAGCCACUUUCCCGACUCGGCAGCGUGCGAGUUCAUGGGCACCAUUGAGGGCAAGUGGAAAGACGCCAUCCAGAAGCGCGUCGAUGAGUACGUCGAGCGCGACAUGCCCGUCGAGAUUGAGUGGUGGGACGAGGAGGAUUUCCGCUCCCACGGUCUCGAGCGCCUUAUCCCCGACCGCGCCGCCAUGGGCAUGACCGACGAUGAAAAGUUCCGUGUCGUCAAUAUUGUCGGUGCCGAGGUCUACCCUUGCGGCGGCACCCACGUCGACUCGACCAAGCUGUGCGGCAAGACCAAUGUCAAGAAGAUUGGGCGGUCCAAGGGUAAUAGCAGGGUCAGCUACGUCCUCCCAUAA